AAAGAAAACUCCAGUCACUGCCGGCUCCACUCUUUCAUUUUUUUUUUUAUUCUUCCAGAUCUAUUCCCACCAAAAUCAACAACCGAUUUCCUUCAGCCUUGCAAGAUUUAUUGCCGGUUGCUCUCUCUUCCUUUGCUUGUCCAAAUCUGCUCCCAUACUCAGUGGUCCCCCCGGAAACUCUUCUUGCUUCACAGAUUUCUUCUCAUGUCCGGUGAUUCCAUCGAACCACCUUCCCCUGUCAAAGUUGCUUCUAUGGCCGGUGACCAAGAAGAGCAAUCCAUGCCCACCAGAUCUGCUUCAAUGGCCGGUUCUAAGGCCACUCAUUGCUUGAAAUCACCUCCUGCAGAUUUGGUUAAACUCUUUCAAACCCAAAAUCUCCAAGAUGGCAUAAACCGGGUACUUCAACAACAGAAACCAUGCCAUUCAAAUCAAACUUUUGUUCCUCAUAAAAAAUCCCAGAUUUUGGGUCCAUAUUUUGUGUCUCAUCCGCCAACUUCUCUUGCCUCCAUUUACCCACAGCCCAAAGAACAUCUUCUCCCUUUUCAAGUAAAACCUGACUGGAGUAAAUGGGUUAGAUCUUUUGGAGCUUGGCCAGCUUGGCGUAAAUCAGAAUUGACUGACUGGAUAAAUCGUCUGGAACCUGCUUUUGGCCAAAUUUGGAGAGAUGCGGGUUUAUUUGAAUUUAUACAACUCACCAAAUGCAAGUUCAUCAUGGACAAGCCAUUCCUUAACCGGAUUGCCCUGCACUGGAGAAAAAUUUCAGCAUUAUUAACCCUGCCUCCAAGUGUUGAGUACCAUGCAGAGUUGAAGCCUUCUUAUCCGGCUUUUGUGAGAUCUGCCUAUGAUAAAAGUCUCACUAAAGAGUUUAUUCCCUUAGCUGUUGCUUUAGCACAUGGUAAACAAUUGGCUCUAGGUCCUUUUUUGCUUGCUCAUUUGUACAGGAGUUGCCAAGAUAUCACGGCUCACCCCUUAGUCAUUAGUGGUGGGCCGCUUUGGGUUUUGCAGUUAUGGCUGUAUUCUUAUUUUCCGGCACUCGCUCCUGUCUCAUCUGCUGUUCCAGCCCGAGAUCUGCUCACUUACGGUUUCAUGUUCAAGAAUGCCAUGGAGAACAAGAGAAGCUUUGAGGAGCAGAUCUCACGGUCCUUCAUGUUUGAACACUCUCAACUCCAGAUGUGGCGUGGAGCUCUAUGCACCGAAUCAGUUCUGCCGGCAGCUAGGACAUUGAUCUUGCCAGACCCUCCAUUCCGACCGAACUGCACUUCCUCCUACAGAAGUUGGUGGCGAGACUACUUCCAUCCUCGGUUCCUCAGUGCUAUGGACAAUAUUUCUGCUCUUGCUCCUCCACCACUCACCAAAAAACUUGAAGAAAAGAAAGUUGUAAAGGAAAGUGAAGACUUGGAAUCUGCCAUGGCCGCCCAGAUCAGCAAGCCAGAUCUGCCAAGGAGAGCUCCCAAAACUCAAGUCAAAAGGAAAAUUGCUACUCCUGCAGAUUCCACGAAAGAAAUUACUCCCUCCAAGCAGCGAAGAACCGGAGGGAUCAAGAGGUCAGCAGUGAAACCAUCUGCAGCCAAGAAACUUAUCAAGUCUACCUCUCCCUCGAGGUCCACUUCUAUCACGGAAACCGAGAUUCAACCUGAUAAAACAGAAGGUGUUUCCCUCGGUCCUACUGCCACAACAGACCCUGUUGAAGACAUAUCUGCUGAGAGUGGUGAAAGCAAUUCUGACUCCUCUCGUACCAAUUCUGGCGAUGGUUCUUCAGCCGCCACAAAGGUUAGGGGUUCUAGAUUCUUUUCUCACAUGGCGAACAAAAGCUUUAAAAUAGUUAGACCGAAUGAACUCAUCAAUCUAAGCCCAGACAAAGAGAAUAUCCCUACACCCAUAGCCUCUCCUGUUAGGCAUGUUCAUGUUAAUGACAUUGAGAGUGUUGCUGCUGAUGUGCUUAUGAUUGAUGAUGAUUUAGAGGAUGAACUUCUUGCCCAGCUGGACAUGUUGAUGGAUCCUCCGGUUAAAUCUGGAUCUGCCACAGAUAAUAAAGGGAAGGCUGUUGCUGAAGAAGCGAAUUUUGAUAUCAAUCUCCCUACCCAAGAGCAGAUUAGCUUUGCUAUUAUGAUCAUGCAAGAGCUCCUUGAUGGUGAUCCUUCUCAUUUCUGCAAAGUGCCGGACCAGCCAGCCGCCUUUGAAGCGGCUCAGAUCCUUAGUCGAGCUCCACAAUUAUCAUCUACUCAACAAAAGUUCUGGGCAGACUUCACCACCAUUUAUACACACUUCAGCAAGAGAUUCCCGGUACUUGAGAGCAAAAUAGCGGCUGCAGCAUCUGUGAGGAAAUCUGUAGCGGAUAGCACUGUCGUUGUCUUUAAGAAGAAGGAAGAAUUCUUGGCAGCAAAGGAAGCUCAUGUCACACAAGUUAAACAUCUCCAAGAGCUUAAAGAAGAAAUCUCUAACCUUGAAGCCAAGCUUUCAGAGUUAAGAAACCAGGUUCCUCUUGCGAAGCAAACUGAGAAGAGUUUGGCAGAACAAAGAAACAAGCUCGACGCGGACAUGGAAGCUGGUUUGAAAUCUACUGCUAAGAUCAAGGACCAGCUACCUCCUUUCACAGCCUCUUCAGAUGAAGCCGCUGAAGAAAUCAAGAACAUGAGAGAAGAAUGGAGUACUUGGCAAAACAACCUUUGUUGAUUUUUCUUCUAUGUAUCUCUUUGUCUCUUUGUUGGUUGAAAUUGCACAUUGUCAUGUUUGAACUUAUUGUUUGCGGCCUAUUGGCCAUGCAAACUUCUUUUUCAAUGUUGAUCUCUUUCUUGGCUCAUAUUCUGGAAAUCUGCUUCUUGUACUUUUUGUUCAUACUCUGGUACAGGUUGAAAUUUGUCAUG